AAAUAUAAUUAAAAAUAAAACAUUAAAAUAGAAUUUAAUAUAUAAUCUUGAAAAUAACUUAAAAAUUUAAAAGAUAUAAAACAAUAGAAGGUAAAAUAUUGCUAAUGUGAAAAUUUUUGCAAAAAACCAUUUCAUUUUUUUAAUGAAAACAAAGAAGAACAAGCAACAAACGUAAAAGCCACAAAAGUUGUAUAGUAAACGAGAAGAUGAAUAAGUAACAACAAAAAAAACCUACCAAUGAGAAAAAAUCGUAUCGUAUAUGUAGUAGUGUAAAAAAAAAUAGUAAACUAGAGUAAAAGAAUGGAAUAGUAAUUGAAAGAGUGAGUGAAAAGAACAAAAAAAAUACGAUAUUUUUAAUGUAAACGCAGAAAGCUAUGAAUGAAUAUUUGUAUUGAAAAUAAUUUCUGUAAUAAAAUUUUGAAAUAUCUUCAAAAGAGUCUCCUUCUUUGAUCAGCAAUUGUGAUACAUAUAUUUUUGAGAAAAAAAGGAAACCGGUUCCGGCUUUCUUCUAAAAGGACGUACUAAAAUUGUGGCUAAAGACCAAGAAUAACAACGGAAACAAUAUGUGUAAAAUAUAAAUAUUAAAAAGAAAAACAAAAUAGUUUAAAAUUUAAAAGUUAUUGUCAUCAUGUUGGUUGCAACACCGGGACAGACAACAGCUUACAGUACAAUACAUAAUAAUACUAAUAACAACAACAACAGCAGUAGUAAUGGUGGUGGCGUUGUCAAUAACACAGUGGCGGCUGCAACUACAACCAAAAAGACCAGCAGCUUAAAUUCAACAAACACCACAGUCUCAAGUACACAGAAAUCUUUAAACAACAAUAAUAAUCAUACAGCUGCUGUGGUGGCAAAUAAGAAUUCCCUUAAUUCUAAUACACAACCAUCUUAUCAUAAUCAUACAAAUCCCAAACAUGACAGCAUAGUGUCCCAUAAACUUCAGCAACAAAACAAAAUGACAGCAACAUCUUCCAGAGAAGCAAUUUCAUCGAAUCUAACUGCUGCAGCAACAACUCAUUCCUUAAAAAACGAAAAUUCCACCAAUAACACAAACACUACCAACAACAACACCACCAACAUCAUCACCUCCAAUUCCGCGAGCAAACAACAAAGUUUUAUACAAACUCUUAAAGAUUCUGUACAAAAAGCUUUAAUUUCCACAACCGGCGCUAGUGGCAGUAGUCACAAUUCCAUUGUCACUAAACUUUCCACUGAUAAUAAAUUACCAACAAAUAGUAAUAAUUUGACAACGUCCAUUCACAAUGUCACCUCAUCUUCCGCAGCCACAACACAUAAUGCUGCUAAAGUCUCUACGACUACAACAUCAACUAACUCGAGUAAUUCAACAGCUGCUACUCAGUCCUUGUCGUCGUCAUCAUCAUCGUCAGUGUCUCUGGUUCGUAGUAAAUAUUUUUCAUGUUCUUUGUCUAAACUGCAUACGGUGGCGCCAACUAUAAUACAUCGUUAUCCGGAAGAGCGUCAGCAUGCUAGCAGUACUGAUAGUCUACAGAAAGAAAUGUGCCAUUUCAAACCGAUACGUAUAGUGCCCACAACACCAUGGAAGAGCGGCAGCAAAUCUCGUGGCAAUUCAUUGCGUUUUCCCAAAGCAAAUCUUGCCACUAAAAAAACUGAAUUUGUUUUAAAAUCCAACUGUGAUGUUAAUAAUAGAAAGAAGAAACAACAACAACAACAAAAUCGUACACAAACUGAUAAAAUCAUUUUGGAUAAAGAUGAUGAUAAUGAACAAGAAAAUAAAGAAUUUCAUGGAAUCUAUAAACCAAAGCCAAGCUUAACUUGUUUAUCCACCUCCGUUACCACGCCAAAUCAUCAAUCGGCUUUUGUUUGUUUGGUAGCCCAAAUGAAGAGUCUCGUAAAUCUACAGUCUAAGAAACAACAAACCCCUGCCGCUGUAGAGGGAGGCAAUAAUGAACCCAUCAAAGAAUUAUAUGUAAGAAAAAAACCAGCCAAUAGAAAGUCUUUGCCGGCCAGGGAAAUAGUGUCAUCACCCCAGGAUUUAGCCAAGAGUCGCACAACUCGUCUGACAUUAAAUAAACGUGUCUCAAAUAUCACCACCAACAACAAAACCACCACACUAAACACUUCAAAAGAAAAUGUUAAACGAACAAAUGCCAAAUCAAAUAAUAAUAGUAUUUCCAAAUCAUCAACGGCGUCAAUAACAAAAGCCAAAUCACGCAGAAAAUUAGGAAGUGCCAAAUCAAAAACCAUUAACCUGGUUAACUUGGCCUCCACAAGAGGCAAAGGAAAACUACAAAAUAGUGUAUCUAUGCCGGCGGUAGUUAGUAAUGUACCCACAGCAACGGCCACCAUCAACAAAAGAUCACGUAAACGUAAACUAACUCCAGAAGAAGAUGAAAUAGCAUUACCCACUAAAAUCACUUCCAGUAAAUCUCUAGCACUAGGAGCACGUAAAAGUACUAGACUAUCUAAGGAUAUGACUAGUAACUUAACUACUAAAUCUAUUAAAUCACCCAUCACUACAACUAACCUCAAAACAUCUCAUCAAAGAACACGUAAGAAUCCCACAACGGCUGUUGUAUGUUUUUCACCACCAUUAACACGUUCCCGACUGAAGCAUUUAGCCGAACAGGAUCUCUAAAAAAGAAUGAACACAUUGUAACUAUAUAUGUGAUGGCUUAACGAAUUUAAUAAUUUCAAGUUUUCUUUUCAUGUCCUUUUUUGUUGUUUUUUUGUAUCUCAUUCCCUAGUAUGUUUUGUUAUUAAAAACUUAUUAAAAUUAUAUUUAAAAAAUUA